CUCCCCGCGAGCUCACCACCCACAGAUCCAUCCAGCUCCAUGCCCAAACCCUACUCGAAUCCCCCUUCCGCUGCUCGCAGAUCCAUCGCGCGCCUCGAUCCCCUCAAAUCCGCUCCGGUUCUACGCCCCCAGCUGGUUCCCGCCUCUAUUUCUCGGAGGAAUUUUCGGGUUCCUGGAGGAGCAAUAUGGAUCACUUGGACGAGCAUGGCAGUGAUGACAUGGAAGUAGGGGAAACUUCUGAUGGUGCCUCCAUAUUCAGAAAGAAGCGGUCUAAAGUUUGGGACGAGUACAAGCCCAUCUUUGUGAACGGAGUGAUCCAGAGCGCGGAAUGCCGCUACUGCCAUUUCCUCAUGAGCUGCAAAGGUGCUGAUGGGCAGUCCAAUGGAACAAGCCAUUUGUGGCGACACCAGAAAAUUUGUCGAGCAAAAGAGGGAUUCAGUCCGAGCCAGCAGCAACAGCAUGUGGACUUCCCAUAUGACCCAGUGGACCAGAUUCUUCCAGAUUCACAUGAUGACAUAAAUUUGAUAACUCAUAGUGUGAACAGCAAGUUCAGGUCAAAGGUAUGGAAGGAUUUUAUACCAUUCUAUUUUGAAGGGAGAAUCCAGGGUGCUGACUGUGUCCGCUGCCACAAGCGACUCAGUGCAGAUAAAGGUAGAAGCCAUUUGAACCGACAUACUCAGACUUGUCCAGCGCGAGGCGGAACUAGCAAAAAUCAUCAGAAGGAUGUGUUGUUCCAGUCCAGUGUGCCAAGUUUGAAGUCUAGGCUUCAAGAUGAGCUUUCACCUGCCUUGACAAAUGGUAAGAUUCAGAUUGCAGAAUAUGCUAGCAAGUUCCUCAAGGGUAGCUCUAGUGAUAAAAUCCCUGUGGACGGACACAUUCUAGCAUUACCAGCAAUGGAUGAGAUGAACCCUAUGGAGCAAAAUACCUCAUCAGCUCAGACUGCUCCGAAUACAAGCAGGAAAGUUGAUCAAGAAGCAUCUUAUCUAGAGCUAACCAAAAUGAUUGUUUUACAUGGCUAUCCCUUGUCAAUUGUCGAGCAUGAAGAAAUGAGAAGGUUUGCAAAGAGCCUCCACCCUGCGUUUAACAUGGCUUCAAGCAUUGAUAUAGAAGAGUAUUUAACUCUUUUGUAUCAGAAAGAAAAAGCUGACCUUAAGGAGAAAAUUGCACUUUCAUCCCAUCGGGUUUCCUUAUCAGCAAAUGUGUACAUUCCUCAUGGAUCUGAUGCCUCAGUGAAAUAUUUCUAUUUGGCAGGGCAUUUUAUCGAUUCAGAUUGGAAACUUCGAAGGAAAAUCAUCAAGUUUGGAGUGUUUUCGUCCUCAACUACUAAUUUUGAAAGGAUGAUACGUUCUAAGGAGGCUUGUGUACUAGAUUCUGAGAGUGGGCCGUUUAAUGUCAUAUGUGAAGCUAUAAGAGAUUGGAAUCUUGAUCAGAAGCAUUUCAGCUUGACAUCUGUCAGUGAAAUUAGAAACGAUGAGAGGACCUCAAAGCUGAUUGACUUACUCAUCCAAAAGAAGAGCCUUCCUAUUGGAGGUGAGCUAUACAAUAUUGUUUGUGUGGAUGAUGUGCUUAAUAGCAUUGUUUCAAAAGGGCAACCAAUGCUUCAUCUUGUUGCUGAUAUACUAGACAGAUUUAUUCAGGCACAUAUGUCCACACCGCUGACUCGUCAGCAAUUUCUAGAAGUUGUUGCACAUAUGGGAUUGAAGUGCCCCCAGGAAGAUGCGAAAUGGUGGCACAAAAUUUACUUUAGGCUUGAAGUUCUUCUGCAUUUCAAGAAGACAUCUCCUUCUGAAGAAUUGUUAUCUACAGAAGAUAAUAAAUUUGUUGAGCCUGUUUGCAAGAUAUUGAGGGCUUUUUAUCGUGCUAUCGAAGUAAUUUCUGGUUCUGUUUGCCCCACAGCAAAUAUAUACUUCAAUGAACUAUGGAAAGUUAGGACAACUUUGCAAGAAGAAGCAUCUACUGAUCAUACUGAACUUGCUAGCAUGGUUUGGGAGAUGCAGGAAGCGUUCAAUGAGUAUUGGCAAAAUUCAUACGUAUGGCUGUCACUGCCUGUUGUUCUUGAUCCCAGAUUCAAAAUUACUUUUAUCGAGUUCCGUCUAAAACAAGCUUUUGGCACUGAUGCAGAAAAGUAUGUAUCUGCCAUACGUGAUACAAUCAGGGAGCUGUUUCAUGAAUAUUGUGGUCCUGUAGAUAAGCUGGGUAUUGACACAUCAAACCGUGAAUCUCGUGAUGUUGAAGUGGAUGGAUUCGACAGUGAUUCAUUGGAGGAUUGGGAUGAACAUCUUAAUGUGCAGACUAGGAGCCAACUAUUGACCGAACUUGACAACUAUCUUGAAGAUGGCCUUGUUCCGAGGAAGGAUGAUUUCGAUAUUCUGAACUGGUGGAUGAGUAAUUCUACAAAGUAUCCAACCCUCUCAGUUAUGGCACGCGAUGUCCUAGCAAUGCCAGCUGCUGCUCUUAAUGGUGAGGCAGCAUUAAGCGGUGAGGGACCAAUGAUCCAUAAGCAAUGGAGCACAUUAAACAUCAAAACAAUUGAGGCUCUCGUGUGUACCCGAGAUUGGAUAAAAUAGAACGGCUAUAUAUCAUGCUGCAGCCAGCUACCAAUACUGAUCAUACUUUUUCUAUGAGCAGAAGAUUACAAGCAGUUCAUAAGCUUGGUGCUCUUAACUUAGGAAUCUAUUGAUUAUAUCGCAAAAAAGUACACUGCCCAUUUGGCGGCGGGUGUGUUGUAUAAGACAUCUUGCAGGUGCUAGUGUGUCUACAUAUUUGUGCUAUUUUUCUCCAGAUGUUAUAUCACUGGCCAUGUAGCCUCAGGUCACGGGAGCUACAAAACGUGUGCUUCUGGGUGUCCACAUGUAUUAUGCAUUGUUAUUUA